CAAUUCUUAGUAUCACCAUUCCACCAUACUCUUUUUGGAAUCCGUACAAUUAAAAACUGUAUACACGUAUUUGGACACACUUAAUAUCGUUUUAUUUAUUUAAAGCCUAGGUAAAAUGGAUUGGCAAAAGCAAGUUAAUGUUUUUCAAAGAAGAAUGGGGGCAAAUAUCAUAAAUGCGAAUUCGGAAGUAUUUCUUGUUUGUGCAUCUGAUUUUGGAGACAUUUGUAUGAUCGUUUCUAAAAUUGAUAUACACAAAAUUUCUUUCGUACUCAGUGAUGAGCAUAAAGACGUUGAAGAAGAGAUCAAUACUUUGUUACUAGAUCAUUCAUUUUUAGAGCAUCGAACACUCUUAAGCGUAUAUAAUUAUCUUAUAUAUAAUUGGGAUAGACUUGCUAAGGAUCAUGAACAACGCGAACGGGAAAAAGGAGACACGAUUACGAAAACUGAAGAGAAUAUAAAUGUGGAAAAGAAAGACGAUGCCAAAGAUUAUGAGUCUAUUGCAAAACGAUCAUCAUUGUCAGAAAAGUUAAAGAAACUGGACAUUACUGAUCAAGACUCUAGCUUUACCAAAGCCAAGGAUACGCAAUAUUUAACGAAAAAAGUUAGUCUAGGAACGUUGAAUGGGGAGUUGCAGAAUGAUUUACAUGAGAUUAAGGAACAGGACACAGACACGGAUGGGGAUGAAAAUGACAAUGAGGACGAGGAUGACACUGCAUUUGGCGAUCAAAACACAACGAAAACGGAGGAGGAAGAAGACAUGGUAAUGAUUUGCUCUGAAUUAACCGGUUUAAACAUGGUUAACAUUGGCUUAAUGAGAUUCCCAACUCUCAAGCUAGUGGUAAAGUGUUCCAGAUGCAGAUACGGUACUGAAUGCAGUGUACAAAAGAAGUUUACAGGAGUUUGCUCCCGAUGCACGUUUAACUUUGUACUACAGUGGAAAAUGGGCGAUAUCCAUGCUCACUCUACGAGAGCAGGUACUCUCAGAGCACUUGGUUGUGUGCCACUUGAUUUGUUACCCUUAAAUGCUCAGUGCACAUGUCUCGAGUGUGUCGAUGAAGUUAUUGUCUUAAUCAAUGGCCUUUCUAGUGCUCAAAAAAUGACCAAGUUCUGCGUUCAUUGCACAAAGAAUUUGAGUGUUGAGUUUCAGACGGCCGACUUUCAUUUGUUGAAGCUACGGACCGGAUCACAAAAGGUCAACACAAAGAGUGCAAAGAAGUUUAGCAAGCAGAAUCUCGGUAUUGUGCGCGGAAAACCUUUACCAAACAAUGGUGCAUGUGCACAUUACAGGAAGUCACAUCGAUGGUUCCGGUUUUCGUGUUGCAACCGUAUAUAUCCUUGUUGCGAGUGUCACGAUAUGGAUCAAGAUCAUCCACAUGAGCAGGCAAACAGAAUCAUCUGCGGAUUUUGCUCCAUGGAAUCGCUGUACACGCCUAGCAAGCCAUGCCCACACUGUGGAAACUUCACGACGCGACAACAAUUGAGUGCCUUUUGGGAAGGUGGAAAAGGAAUGCGAGACCGAGUCCGGAUGAGUCGAAAAGACCCACGAAAAUACAAGCGAUUGUAG